AAUGUAUAGCAAGUUAUCAUUUUAUUUAAAAAUCUGUUUUAUGUUCUGACACUUGGACAUAUUGUAACCUGGCAUUUUCUCUGAUCGUACUUUCAUUUAGUCAGUGCCACUCACUGUGCCAUUUAGAAUUAGGGUGAGUGAUUAUAAUAAAAUGAUCUAUUGCAAGCAUUCAAGACCUUAUUUUUAUAAUAUGAAUUGAAGUUUCUCACGGGUGGUCUGGAGAAAUCAGGCAAGAUAUGAAAGCACCAGAAGACAAGAAUGCUUCCUUAGCAGAAGUUGAAGAUCAUUUAAUUUUACUACCCACUACAGCAUGGAAUGAAGACGAUGACACAUCUCAAGGAAAAUGGUACUGCCGUGGAAAAAGCUGUUACCACUUUUCAAAAGAGGAGAAAACUUGGGAAAGGAGCAUGGUGUCAUGCCAAGAUCUGCAGGCUAGUCUCCUGAAGAUUGAUACUAAAGAGGAGCAAGUCCUUAUUCAAUCAAAAAUAAAAUACAAUCAUUGGAUUGGAUUAAGUAGAGUUCAAGAAAGCGGGUAUCACUGGAAAUGGCUGGAUGGCUCACCCCUAUCUCAGCAGCUGUAAGUUUUCAUUUCAUGGCCUUGCUUCCUUUCCUGCUCAGUAACGGAUUGGUAGAUUAUUGGUGAAG